ACACUGCCCGUCAUCGGCUCACUGCGACUCGGGCAUUCGCCGCUGUCGCAUCUAAUCGUAGCCUCAUACCACACACCGCCCGCACACGCACGAUCAGCUGUAACCCCGCACUUAAACUGUAGACACCGCGAAGCGAACCGUCAAUAAGCCGCAGUGCGGUGUGAGAUGGAGCUCCUUUGUGCGGAGCGUGUAAGCAGUAGCAGCAGUGAAGGCUCGUCGGCGGCUGCUCCGGCGACUGCCGCCGCGCGGGACCCCGUGUUGUUGCGCCGGCGCGUGUUGGACAACCUGCUGCGUACCGAGGAGCGCUAUGCCGUCACCGCUAACUACUUCGACACCGUGCAGCACGAGAUCACGCCGCACAUGCGUCGCCUGGUCACCGAGUGGAUGCUAGAGGUUUGCGAAGACCAAAAUUGUCAAGAGGAGGUUUUCCCUCUGGCUGUUUCCUACUUGGACCGAUUUCUCAGCGUGUGUAGAGUGGGCAAAAGUCAGGUCCAGCUGCUGGGCACCACCUGCUUGCUGCUGGCUUCCAAGUUACGAGAACCCGGCUCUAGAUGCCUUCGGGCAGACCUUCUCAUCUUCUACACGGCGAACAGCAUCACACUAGCAGAUCUUUGUCAUUGGGAGCUGCUGGUGCUGUCAAAGUUGAAGUGGGACGUGGCCGGAGUGACGGCGCACGACUUCUUGCCGCUUCUGCUGUCUCGGCUGCCACUGCGAGGUCUCGUCGACACUCACAUGGUUCAGAGGCAUGCGCAGACCUUCAUCUCUUUAGCAGCUAGCGAUUUCACGUUUACGCUGCAGUCCGCGAGCACGCUCGCCGCGUGCGCAGUGGCCGCUGCGCUGCGCGGGCUCGGCUUGGACGGCCAGUUGCAGCGGCUUCACGAACUCACGCGCAUCGAUUUGGACUGUCUCCAAACAUGCCUCGAGCAGAUCGAGCAGAUGGUCAACAACAUGAUCGAGGAGCGCGGCUUCUCCGACCCAAACGGUCAGCGCAUGGAGGCGGCGGGGUGGACCCCCCCUCCCCAGGACAAAGUGCACAGUAACGCCGCCACCCCCACCGACGUCCGAGACGUACAAUUCUGAGCGAACGUGCGUGCAGUGUCCGAACUAUUCCUACAAAAUGCUUUAAUUACGGUGCAGUACGAAAAUACUUUAAACUAGAACGUUUAGUAAACGUGCAUCCGUGAUAAAACUACCAAGACUGAAAUAUACGUGUCUAAAGUAGUUACUACUUGUUAUACGUAGUAUAAGCCCAAAUAAGGAUAAGUAAGCCCUACUUAGUAUAGUUAAUAUAGGGUGAAGCUAACUUGAGAUAAAAUUGAUAGCAACUGUUGCUCAGGCAUGAAGUUGUAACUCUUCUUUUUUUUCUUGUUUCAAUUGUUUAUACUAAAGGCUGCAUUUAAGUCAUAUUGAUAGCCUACAUACAUCAUCAAAGAAUCCAGUCUUUCUUUGGACAUAUCGGCAGUUCUAGCACUUACAAUCUACCUCUUAAUCAUAUAAGAAAUAAAUUUCAGUUACACUUAAGUGACCUUAACCUUGUUGCCUUGAAUGAAGUAAUCUGAUUUAUAAGUUCAAUUUACACUAAUACAUAAGUAAUACUAAACAUCUAUGAAUACAAGGGACCAAAGUUUUUUGUAAAAGGAGCUUUUACAAUGAUUUCCAAUGAACUGAAAUCUUUCUGUUAAUUUCGUAAUUUUAUAAUAAUAAUUAUUUUUAGAGCGUGUGAUAGCAGGACGUUAUCAUCCUCAGUCGACUGAUUCCUAAUCGUAACGAUAUUGUUAGGGCAAACACAUUUGACAUGUAUGAAAUAAAGUUUCGAAUCGCAUUCUACACUCUGGGAGGCAUAUUUCAAAAAAUAAAUCGAUAUUUGCUAAUAAACAUUAUGCUAUAGAUAUAUACUUAUGAUUCAGAUUAAAUUGUUAGCGGGGGAAGGCAAUAAAUUACGCUUUUACAUUGUAAAAAUACGACUAUCAUAUAUUGACAUAUUUACGUAAAACUUACAGAGCUAGCUAUAGUUAAAUAUUCCUUCUUAUAUAACUACCAAUAUGUAUAAACGUCAUUAUUAUACUGUAGACAGAGAGCAUCUGCUUUUUUUCGAUAUUAUGAUUAGGCAAAUAAUUAUUUGUUCCUUUUUUGACAAAAAUACCAACGUUAGGGUGUAACAUUUUGUGAUAGUGUUGAAAUGUAGUUCGAACUUCGUAUCAUAGUCACUUCCAGUCAUAAUAUGUUAAUUUAGAAGUAACUAUGUAAGAUUUCUUUGAGUAAUUACUAGGAAAAAAAGAAAAAAAUGUGAUUGUAUUGGAUAAGAUAUUAUAGGUAGAAUUUAGUCAUUAAAAUUCAUUAAUGUCGUUCCUAUAUUUGCAACCAUUGGAAAUAAAUAUGCAAUAGUCAUGUUCCGUUACUUUGUACUUAAUAUUGACCAGUUUGUAUAAAUUUCAAGUUCAUGUUAAUAAAUUGUGAUAUGAUUUCAUUUCUAAGUACCUAAUGCUUUUAUAUAGUUUAAGUACGGGUGGCGUAAAUAUUAUGUAAGUCAGUCCUAAAUUAUGUUCAGUUAAUGAUAAGUAUAAUAGUUGUAAGCACAUUAGCUACGGUGACAUUCACGAGGAGCUCGUUUGGUGUGUGACAAGAAUCAUCGUCUUCCAAUAGUUUGUAAACGAUAUCGGCCGGAUAUAUACGUUACAUGACAUGCCCGGUUCUAUUAAGUUAAUUAGAAUUUGCGAUCUGCAAAUUGUGUAAAUAUUAAGAUACGAUGUAAAUAACAAUUAUAGCUAUAUACGCAUGUGGUGCCAUAAGUAACACUACUAUAAAGUAUUUUAUAAAGCAAUAUAUAAGUGUAUAAAUAUUAUAUAUACAUAGAUGUCCUAUUUGUAUUCAUACCCCAAUGAGGUAUACCUAUAAUAAAGAAAAACGUUUUAAUAAAAAUUACAUGAGGUUUGAUAAUAAAUGUAAGAGCGAAGCAAUGAGUAUAAAAUAUGUUUUAAAAUUAUUCAUAAACUAUGUAAGAUAUAUUGUAUGUUCCUAGAAUGACUGCGAAGGUCGUUCUGGCGUUAAUAUUCAGGUAUUUUGGUUGUGGCAUAAAAUGUCUAAAUAAGUAUAGGCAUUCGAAAAUGUACAUUAUACUAUACAUUUUAUUAGAUAUUAUAUAAAAUUAUGUGGGAAAAUAUACGCAUUACAAGUUUAGUCUUAUAUAAUGCUUACUUUUGGCUUUUGGACUGGCUUUCUUUACGUAGUUAAAUAAGAAGUUAGUUUUUUUUUAAUACGAAGUAAAAAAGAUAAGGGAAAUAAUACAUUUUCCUUUGAUGUCAAAUUGAAGAGCUAUUUGUUCUGAACAGUGGUGAUCUUUCUUAUUGUUAACAUUAUAUGAAACAAAUGUAUAUUAUAAGAUUUGUAAGAAAUUGACACUUUAGUAUCAAAAUGAGAGCACGUUUUGAAUGAUUUGUGAUUUAUUAAUACAUUAGGAUUGUCUUUUCAUUAAAAUCUAGUUACGAUGUUGAGAUGUAAAUAUUUAAAAAGAAACAAUAAAAAUUAUUAAAAACUAAA